UUUGACUUCUUUCCUCGAGAAACGGAAACAGACGGCACUCACUAUCGUACAUUUCCCUAUACAGCCUCGCAGCUAACCCUCAAAAUGAUGACCCUCACCUCCCUCCUCACCCUCCUCACUGCCACAACAGCCCUCGUAACCGCAACCCCCUCCCCAAUCUCAAUCCCCCAUCCGGCAAUCAAGCUCAAACGCGACGCCACCAGCGUCGUCUCCGCCGUCAACACCAUCUCCAGCCAACUCCUCACCCUCAACACCACCGUAACCAGCUACCCCGGCGGCAUCGAAGGCACGCUCUCCGCUCUGCAGAUCCAAGCCGAAACCAUCCAACUCGAAUUCGACCUCAAGACCGCCAUCGCCGUCACGCGCCAAUCGGCCAAUUUCACCGACGCCGAGUCGCAAUCGGUCGCCGAGGCCUUCGUCACCCUCGAGCCGCAGAUUGCGUCCACGUUGGAUAACAUUAUUUCGAAGAAAGCGGAUUUUGAUGAUGGGUUGUUGGGGAUCGCGUCGUUGAGCUUUUUGGUCAAGUUUGAUUUGCAGGAGUUGAGUGCUUUGUCGAGUGCGUUGGGGAGCGCGGUGCAGGGGAAGCUGUCUGGGGUGUAUGCGCAGUUGGCGCCGUUGGUGUUGGAUGAGAUUUCGAGUGCGUUUAAGAAGGCCAUUGCGGCGUAUUAGGGGGUCUUUUUUUAUCGUUGGGUUUGUUGAUAUGGUAUGGGAAUAGAUGAGGCAAUAUGCAAUCGAUCGACUAUUCCUCGGUCAAUACUCAUCCGAUCCUGUUGAUUGAUGUUGGAAACGAAGAAUUUGAAGCAGAGAUUGGGGAGGAAAAUGGAAAUGCCAGGCUGAAAAAAAGUAUCUAUCAAAUUGCUGGCUACCGGUCAUUCCUAUUUAGCAGGAAAACCGACUGUGGAAUCGGAUCACCCACAGUAGAGUAUCGGCGCCUUCCAGCUCUAGAUCACACUAGAUAAAUAGUCUGUGGCUCACAACCAUCAAAGAU